GGCGGUGCCUUGUUGCGUGGUCGGCCCGUCACAGCCGCUGAUGAGGACAAGAGAGAGAAGAGGAGCCCCGUCGCCCGCGUCCGCCCCUCUCGCCGCCGCCGCCCGGGAUGCGCUGAGCCAGAGAGCCGCGUUCGGACACUGCCGCCGCGGCCGGCGUCACCCUUCAGGUGAGGCCGGUGAGGCAAGGUGUCGGCAGGCAGGUCCGGGUCCCCCCGCAGUCCUGCCUGGGCCUGGCCGGAGGCCGGUCGCUCUCUGAGCCCCGCCACCCCACAGGUGUGAAUGACAGAGGAGGUGCCUCCCACUGCACUUAGUGAGAUCAACCUUCGCCUUCUGUGCCAUGAUGACAUAGACACCGUCAAGCAGCUCUGCGGAGACUGGUUCCCCAUUGAGUACCCUGACUCAUGGUAUCGAGACAUCACUUCCAACAAGAAGUUUUUUUCCCUGGCAGCCACUUACCGAGGCACAAUUGUGGGGAUGAUCGUAGCUGAGAUCAAGAGCCGGGCAAAAGUACACAAAGAGGAUGGGGACGUUUUAGCUUCCAGUUUUCCAGUUGAUACUCAGGUCGCUUACAUUUUAAGCCUAGGAGUGGUGAAAGAAUUCCGAAAGCAUGGCAUAGGUUCUCUCUUACUUGAAAGCUUGAAGGAUCACAUAUCGACAACUGCCCAGGACCACUGCAAGGCCAUCUAUCUGCAUGUCCUUACUACAAACAACACUGCAAUAAACUUCUAUGAAAACAGGGACUUUAAGCAGCACCACUACCUGCCCUAUUAUUACUCCAUAAGGGGUGUCCUCAAAGAUGGCUUCACUUACGUCCUGUACAUCAACGGUGGGCAUCCUCCAUGGACAAUCUUCGAUUAUCUUCAGCACAUUGGUUCGACCCUGGCCAAUUUGAGUCCCUGUACGAUUCCCCAGCGGAUUUACCGUCAAGCUCAGAGCCUCCUCUGCAGUCUCUUGCCCUGGUCGGGCAUUUCGGCAAAAAGUGGCAUUGAAUACAGCCGGACCAUGUGAUUCUAAGGUCCUUUUCAGUGUGGCAGGAGCUGCGUGGUUCUGCGGUGGUGGUGAUGUCAAAACAACUGAAGGCUUCACGUGCUGACCAGCCCUAUGAGCCAGAAAGCUCCUCCAUGGACUAGCCAAGCCCUGACAGCAUCUCUUCUUGCUGUGCUCCUCGUUUAUCACCUUGGCCCAGAGCUUAAGGAAGACUAUAGCGGUUGCUAGCCAGCCACACUGACCCAGAAAGUGCUCUAUGUGAGCUGUAGGUGAGCAGCUCCUUGUCCCCAGGCUGGCUUUCCCACAGCAGCAUGGGAGAUGUCGUGCUUGCUCUGGGGAAUCCACUUGGCACAGAGUAGGGCGGGAGUCAGUGCCCAGCUUCCCUGUUGCUGUGGCUAGUAGGAGAGAAAGCCAAAGGGGUGGAAAUGGGGAUUGUUUUCAUGAUACUAUAUACUGUACUUCCUUCUGCUGCUGAGAAACCCAAGGUGUUAGCACUUCCCUUCUCCCACCCCCUUGCCCCACAACAAGGGCCUCCUUUGCCCCAGUUGUGAUUUUAAAUGAAGCAUCUCAUGUAAGUGAUGCACAGGGAAUGAAUUUGCUGUUUCAUAGUGAAAUAUGUGUUUAUAUCGAUAUACACUGUGUAUAUAUCAUUCUGCCUCUAGUCUGAGCUAGACCUCAAGAGCUGGGGCUGCCAUGAAGUGGGGAGAAUGUGACUGGAGGGCCUCUUGCAGUUGGAGCCUGGAGAUCCAGGCCUAAGUGGCUUCCGUUUCCCCCUCCUCCUCCCCCACUCCGGCUGUAUCUUCCAUUGGGAGCCAGUUUAGCUAGUCCUUGGCCAUCCGUUUUCCUGAUGUUCCAAGAGUGCAACUGUGGCCAUCUCUCCCCUCCAGGUUGGGGAGGGUCCGAGCGAAUGCUUGCUCCCUGGCAGGCACUCCAUCCUGGUUUCCUGCUGCUUUGCAAGGUGCCCUGGAGGCCUUCUAUGGCCCCUGCUGUUUUGCACAAGACACUCCUCUUCCCCAGCCCUGCCAGUUGAGCACUUAACCACUAGCUGUGCUGACACAAGGGCCCCAUUCUCAAGGUGCACAGGGUAGGGCCAAGAGAAGCCAUGGUCACACGCUGGGAAGCAGUGUUCCCUCUAAAGAGAUUCCCAGAUGUCAUUGACUACAACUCUCAGCAUCCCCAGCUGCAUGGCCUUUGGAUGGGGAUUAUGGGAGUUGUAGUCAACAGCUGGUUGGGAAGGCAUUCCUCCUCCUCCUGCUUGUGGGCAGGCUGUCCCUCAUGGGCUGGGAGUCAAAGGCUGUGCCUUCCAUCAUGCAGGCAUCGCACCACUGUUGGCAGCCCGAUUGUCCUGCAGGCAGAAGCGUGAUCUGCUAGGCUCUUCCACAGUGCCCAUCUUGUGGGAAAGGGAGGGCUCUGCAGAGAGCAUUGGGUGGCCAUCUUUCUCCUGUGACUGCAGUGGAGUCGAGCCUUGCUUGAUGGGGAGGAGAGAAUGAUCUGCCCUUUUGCCCACAGCCUGAAUAGUGGCCCUUUUCAGGGACCUCAAAGCAGUUUCUCUCCAUAACCGCUUUCUGCGUGAUCUCUUUCCCCCCUUUUGGGCUGUGCAUGUAUUCUUGGAGGCAGCCCAUUGGCCAAGGUUUCCCUGUUCUAGUGCAGAUAAAUCAGCAACCCUGAUGUUACUGCAUUUGUGGCAGAAGGCUGCUAGAAAAUGGCAGUGCCCAGCCUUCCUUCUCCCAGCCCCUGACCCACGACAGCCAUGUGCCAGGAGCCUCUUCUCCCGGGCUUUGCCUGGUGGUCUUCGCACUUCUGCUCUGUGUUUUGCACUUUCAGGUUUUGAGGAAUAAGGUGCCCUCUUUCUUUUCCUGAUGGAACAGGAAAUGUUUUGCCAGUUGUCCGGUAGGCGGGAACACGUGGCAGCAAGUGUAUCUUUGUAUGGUUAAAGAUCCUUGUAUGGUCUCGGAAUAAGGGGUGGUCUGUCUCUGUGACCGACAGGAAAAGUACCACCCAAGGAGGAGAUGUCGGGGCUUGAGGCAGGUUCUGCAUCCUUCCGUUGGAGCCUCUCCCUGAGCCUGCUUGGCUACCCCAUGAGGGGCUGCCAUUGUCUUGUUCAUCCUUGGCAUACCCUACCAUCAUCUGCUGGCUUGGAGCAGGCUUCAGUGGCCCACUUAGUCUGGUCCUGUUGCGACGUUACCUGUGUUCCAGUAGAGCUGGAGCAGCUUAAUGAAGUUGCCAGCCAAUCUGGAGUGGUAGAGACAGCGCUGGAAGAAGCCUGGGAUUGCAGAGAUCUGCCCAAGCCCCAAGCUAAGUGGCACAUUCCAGACAGACGCUGCCUGUGCUUCCACGGCUGCCUCCCCCUGUGGACCAUGGCAGCUGUUGUAGAAAAGGACAGGAAAUGAAUCAGUGUCACAGGCCACACAGCUUUUCUUUCACGUGGCCUCCAGGCUUGGACCUGGGAAAGGCCAUUUUAAUACAAAUCAUGAGUGAUCUUGAAGUGUGUGUGGUUUUCUGGGUUUUUGUUUUAAUUUUACUUUUGCUUGAGAAUGUCUUGAGGUGAUAUCAUUUUGCUGUGUAUUCUGGUUUUCUUUUGGGUUUUUGUAUCUUCCUUGCCCCAAUCUGACCUCUCCACUGCUCUCAUACGCCUGCCUGCUAUGUGUGUGCAUGUGCACGGACACACAGACACACACUUCCUAUGCCUUGGAGAUGGCUUCAGGAAGAACAACGGGCCUCAGCUGCAGGGCUCCUCCUUCUGCUCCCUCCCCACAAAGGCUUUGGGGUUGGCCAUGUGCCUACUGUACCCUUAUUUAUUGAAGAGCAAAAAAUAGCCAGUCACUUUAAAUGUCUUUUAAUUAAAAGGAUUUGUUUUGUUUGUGA